GGAAAGCCAGACCUCAUGAGGACCUUUCAUGAGUCGGAAGAGGAUUCAAAAUGGCUAACAGGAACUCUGCUGAGCAUGCUCCAUUGGUUAGCUUAGUCAUCUAGCAGAGCCUCAUGUCAGCUGUACAGGCUUGAGCAGAAUGAUGCAUUGUGACAUUGUGUUCUGUAGCCCAGGCGUCUUUGCUCUGAGCUCUGAAAAUAUGAGGAAAUACUGGAAUCUGUGGAGAAGGCAUGCAUGUUGCCCCUGUAAAAUGGCAGUGUAUUGUGAGAAAUUGCCCUGCCUCUAGUUCUUGGUGUUUCUUAAUUGGUAAUGGCUAUUUAAUCCUGUCGUAAUCUUUGAAAGACGGUUAAUUUGGGAAGUUUGGAAGACAGUACUUCCGUAAACCGGUGAGAAUAUUGAUGCAAAGUAACAGCUUCUACCCAGAUUGCCUUGUAGCAGAAGCGUACUUUUUCCUUUCACUUGAGCAUUAAGCCACUUAAGCCUACUUUGAAUAAUAGCCUGAGUUUUUGUUGGUUAACGACUGAUCGGUUAGGCAAGAAUUUACACUUUCAGUUUAACACAUUUGUAGCAAUCGAUUCCUUACAGAAAAUAGAGUAUGUGUUCUUCAUCUGCUAAUAAUGGCUGGCCAGAGAUCCAAAAUGAUUCCUAGAUGCAAAAGGCUUGGACUUGUCCCCCCCCUUUUCUGUACCUCAAAGGUUUCAUUGUAAACAUUGUACCAUUUUGUUGGGGCUGGUUUGUCUUGGCCUUCUCUCUUUGUGACAGUCCUGCCCUUCUCGGGCUCAGAGCAGAUAAAGACCUCUGAUGUAGAUGUGAGGAGAUUAAGGAUAGCUCACACUCUUCGUCCUGCUUGCUGUUGUGGCUAAACGGCCCUCUGCCUGAUGCUCUUUUUGGCCUCCUUGUACCUUUUCUUAUUUAUUUUCUGUUUUUUUGAGAUGGCUUCUUGCUUUCAUUGGUGCCCUCUUUUAAGAAGAAGGAAACAUUUGAAAUUUGAACUGACUGAGCAUGCUCUGUUUGAGCUUUAGCAAAGCCGACCAACAGAGGGAGCUGCUAGGUCACGUGACCAAGCCGGGUGAACGUCUGCAUGCAGGAGGAGGAAAAAGAAGAACAAUCUGCUCGAAGCUCUCUCGCUCUCCCUCAAUGGAGGCCAUCGGGAGAAAGCAGCCUGCUGGUUUGGCUGGGGGGACUGUGGGGAAGAGAGAAUCCAUGAAAGCUGAUGGCAUGAAGGACUCCCACAAAGAUACAGAAGGUGGGGAUGAAGAUUGUCUGAAUAGGAAAAUGGAACCUGUCAAAACAGACGCAGAGCUAAAUGGGACCUAUGAGAGCACAGAAACGGGGAAAGCUCAGCAGGGCCUUUCUGUCCAAGAGUCGCCCACCCAAUCGCAAGCUAUGGAGAAUGGACUAUCAGAGACUGAUCCUCCUCAUGGCUCCACAGUGGGCAGUAAUGGAUACAUUCUCAAUAAGCAUCAGGAGGACACACCGGCUACCCAACACAGGACUAGCUGGUCCCCUGUGGGGACUUCAGCCAUAGGGCAUGCCUCUAAAACACUCCCUCCUUUGGUUAAAUCACAACACCAGGGCCAAGCUCCUCUAAGGACUGACAUGAGCAAAGGGCCCAGCCUGGCAGAAGGGCGCUCGGAGAAAGAGACUAAAAAUGGCACCACAUCAAACACCCCUCCACCUGUAACGAUACAUAGAGCGCGAAAAACCAUGUCCAGGCCGGCUUCAAAUCAUCCGUUAAAGCUUUUAAACAGGGAAACAAAAGAGCCAAGCGUGGUGAAAGAUAAGAGCGCGAGUGGAGCCGAAACUGGGCUGCCUCUGCAGACUCCUCCCGCUCAAAAACAGCUACCUCAGAGCCAAACUGAUGCCACACCGGCAGCGAUCGCCACACCAGCCAAGCCACACACAGUAGCGUCCGUGUUGAGGAAGAAGAAGCGAAAGAUGGGAACGUAUAGCCUCAUUCCCAAGAAGAAAACCAAAGUCCUGAAGCAGCGCACAGUACUGGAGAUGUUCAAGAAUAUCUCCAAAUCUCCACCCAGUCCUCAGCAGCCAAAAGACACCACACAGGUGAACGGGGAGCGGGUCGAGAACGAUUCUGAGGAAGAGGAGUCAGAGGAGGAUUCUGAGGAUGAAGAAGAGCUGGCUGUGGAAGAGAGGGUCACAGCACCUAAGGAGGGCAGCAGAAUGCCUUCAGUCCCACAGCUUGGAGAGGAGCAAGAGUCUGAAGAGUCUGCAGAAGAGGAAGGUGGAGAAGAGGGAAAUGAAUCAGACUUGAGUUCGGAGUCCAGCUUAAAGAAGAAGUUGAAAAAGAAGACCAAGGGAGACAGCGCUUGGCUUCGGCCAACCAGGAAACGCAAGAAGAAGUUGAAGUCAAAGUCUGAGGGUAUUUCUGGUAUGGAUGUCCAGAGUCGGUCAGAGACUCAAAGCCCAGGCCAAGCCCCAGUCCCUGCUGGAGGAAAAGAGUACACAGAAGUUCCAUUAGAAACACUCAACCUGAAAGCUCAGGACGCUCUGCUGAAUACCCAGAACACAGGAGUGUCUGGCACAGUAGAGACCGCUGCUUCAGACAUGGUGCAGGAGCUUCCCCUUUGUAGUUGCCGUAUGGAGACGCCCAAGAGCAGAGAGAUCCUCACUCUGGCUGACAGGAAGUGCAUGGCCACAGAGAGUGUGGAUGGACAGCUGAGCCGGUGUCAGAGUGCAGUGCUCAAGCAUGAGAUGAUGAGGCCAUCGAACUUGGUGCAACUGCUGGUGCUGUGUGAAGAUCAUCGCACAGGAAUGAUCAAACACCAAUGCUGCCCAGGCUGCGGCUACUUCUGCAGGGCGGGGACCUUCAUGGAGUGCCAGCCAGAGGUUAACAUCUCACAUCGGUUUCAUCGUUCCUGUGCAUCAGUAGUGAAGGGACAGAGCUUCUGUCCUCACUGUGGAGAGGAGGUCAGCAAGGCCAAAGAGGUCACGAUUGCCAAGGCCGACACAACCUCAACCGUGCCCCCGAGCCAGGGCCCCAGCACUCCAGGCACUGUGGAGGGCAGAGCGGACACCACCACUGGAGGGUCAUCUCGCCUCUCUGUGCCUGGAGAGAAUAGAGCAGACAGCACUUUCCACAGACCUGCGGAAGCUGUGGAUGCCCCAGGCACCAGCAGGUCAGGAACAGGAGUUUGGACUGGACCCCCAGGAGUACCCCCUAAAGAGACUCUGGAAACUGUCCUACUGGCGCUGGAUGCAGAGAAGCCCAAGAAACUUCGCUUUCAUCCAAAACAGCUGUACAUCUCUGCCAAGCAGGGAGAGCUGCAGAAGGUCUUACUAAUGCUAGUGGAUGGAAUCGAUCCCAACUUUAAGAUGGAGAACCAGAGUAAGCGCACACCCCUCCAUGUAGCAGCUGAGGCUGGGCAUCAGGAGGUCUGCCAUAUGUUGGUCCAGGCUGGUGCUAAUCUGGACAUGUGUGAUGAGGACCAGCGUACACCCUUGAUGGAGGCCUGUGAGAAUAACCAUCUGGACACUGUGUGCUACCUACUGAGAGCUGGAGCCAUUGUUUCUCACAAGGAUGGGGAGGGCUCUUCAUGUCUCCACCUUGCUGCUAAGAAUGGGCAUUUGAGUAUUGUGGAGCACUUAUUGUCUACAGGUCUUGUAGAUAUUAACUGUCAGGAUGAUGGAGGCUGGACAGCAAUGAUUUGGGCGACAGAGUAUAAACACAUAGAAAUAGUCAAGCAGCUUCUAUCUAAAGGUGCUGAUCCUAACAUCAGAGACAAGGAGGAGAAUAUCUGUUUGCACUGGGCAGCAUUUUCUGGGUCCGUGGACAUAACUCAGAUUCUACUGGAUGCAAAGUGUGACCUCAACACAGUCAACAUACACGGAGACUCCCCACUGCACAUUGCAUCACGGGAGAAUCGACUAGAAUGCGUUACGUUGUUUUUGUCAAAGGGAGCUGAUGGGAACCUGAAGAACAGGGAGGGUGACACACCCAUGGAGUGCUGUAGCCAGAACUCCAAGGUGUGGAACACUCUGCAUGCAAGCAGGAAACAGAGAGACGCCAGCCGUGAACGGAGAUCUUCAAAAGAGAAGCUUCUCAGCAGGGACAUAGCAAGAGGCUAUGAGAGAGUGCCUGUCCCAUGUGUUAACGCUGUAGACAGUGAGCCUUGUCCUGAUGACUACAAAUAUGUCCCUGAUAACUGUGUCACAUCCCCCAUGAAUAUUGACAAAAACAUCACUCACUUACAGUAUUGCGUUUGCAAAGACGACUGCUCUUCAGCCAGUUGCAUGUGCGGUCAGCUAAGCCUGCGCUGCUGGUAUGACAAGGAGAGUCGUCUUCUGCCGGAGUUCUGUUGUGAGGAGCCACCUCUUAUUUUUGAGUGCAACCAUGCCUGUUCCUGCUGGAGAACCUGCAAGAACCGCGUUGUUCAGAACGGAUUACGAAUCAGACUUCAGCUGUUCAGGACUCUAAAGAUGGGUUGGGGCGUUCGGACAUUACAGGAUAUUCCUCAAGGGACCUUUGUCUGCGAGUAUGUGGGGGAGAUAAUCUCAGACGCAGAGGCAGAUGUCAGAGAGAAUGAUUCCUACCUUUUUAGCCUGGACAGCAAGGUUGGUGAUAUGUAUUGUAUUGACGCCCGUUUCUAUGGAAACAUCAGUCGGUUCAUAAACCACCACUGUGAGCCGAACCUGUUCCCCUGCCGAGUGUUCACGUCUCAUCAGGACCUGCGCUUCCCACACAUUGCCUUCUUCGCCAGCAAGAACAUCAGUGCUGGAGACGAGCUAGGGUUUGAUUAUGGUGAUCACUUCUGGGAUGUGAAAGGGAAGCUGUUCAGUUGCCAGUGUGGCUCAUCUCAGUGUAAGAACUCGGCAGCAGCGAUUGCCCAGAGGCAGGCGGACAGCACACCAGGAGAGCAGCAGGCCAGCGCUCUGCCAGAUACAAGCUCAUCCACCACACCACCCAGCCCCAGCUGAGCCACGCUCUCCCCCUUUCCUGCGUCCUCCAUCUACUGGCCUUCCUGCUCCCUCUACCAGCCUACUGUACCAUAACCGCCAUCACCAGCACAGAUUCGACUCGGCAGGGCCUGUACCAUAGGGGGGGAUCCCAGCAGAGAGCCAGCCUGGACCACUGGUCUCUUUGGCCACUGCACCGUGUUCUGGCCAUUUGGUUUAACUCACUGUUUGACUCCGGUUGAAAGGUUACACACAGAUACAAAGAAUAUGUGCCCAUUUGGUGCAGGAGGAAACAGAAAGACAGACAGACUAGCUUGUAAGCAUUUAAUUCUCGUUCUUGUUAGGAUGAAAUUCGUUUUCCUGUUGGGAUGACUGUGAGGCUGUAGCAUAUUGGCUCUCGGAUGGACUAAGCUGUGCUAGAGGCCCUGCAGGAUUAUGCAUCUCUCUCAAUUUUUAACAUUUAUCUUCUGUUUCCAGCAGCCAGUGUCCACGCACAAUUCAAAGACCACGACGUGUUUACCUUUUCACGGCAACCUUUUUGAAAGAUCUGACAUGCGCUCACUCACGACACACCUACAUUUGAAGAACUUCAUUUUCCAGGCAUUUAUGACAAAACAAACUUUUGAAAUUCCAAAUCAAAUUGUUAGAAGAAUAUUUUGAAAAUCAGCUGGGUUUUUUUUUAUAUAUAUCCCUUCGAAUAAAUGCAUUUUUUAAUGACUUUAAGCAGGUUCUGUGAUGGUUGUCUUAUCUUAAAAUGGUCUUUGUGCUACUCAAUACAAAUGUGUCCCCAUCAGAAUUUUGCUGCUUCAGGAGUGGACCACACUAAGCUCAUGUGAUUACUGUUUUCUCAUUUCAAACAAUGGUGAGCAUCUGUUCAUGUAGUUAAAUUCUCAUAGCUGCUGGGCAUUAGUUAUUUGCAAAUGUUCUUUGUCGAUCGGUUCCCAUCUGCUGGGUGUUUUCUCCUAACUCUACACAGACUACGGGAGGGAUAAACUGCUCAUUUUUGAGUUUUCUCCUGCAUGGUUACUGGCUUUGGCUAAACGUAAAUGCAUUUUGUAAAAAUUGUAAACUGUUUUUGUUAUUCAUUCGCUGGUGUCAUGAGAGAAGCUCCCACAAAUGAUGACUGUCCCCGUCUUGUCCUCCAUGAGUGGACAACUGUAAACACGUUGGUGGUUUCCAAGGCUUUUCUUUCCCGUCCUGAAACGUUUGCCAUAUUGAAUGUUUUCUCUCAGCAGCAAUCCGUUUUCAUUUCUCUUUAUCAAGACUUUUAAUAGUUUGCUCGAAAGACCCUGAAAAGUGUAAUUGUAGGAGUUUUGCUUAAAGAAUUUGUGGCUGGACAACGGGAUACUGCAAAUGGUGCUGAAAAAAAUGGUUUUGUUUUAUGUUCUUAUUUUUCUAUUAUUCACUAUGAGAAUACAAGUUGUAAAAUACGAUGAAGAAGCCAGUGUUGCUUUUUUCCUUCAUUUUUACACUUAACCUUUACCUCUGUUUUUCUAACUGUAGUUGACAUCAUUAGCCUGAAUCACUUUUGUUUCAUGAGUCAUUGUUGACAAUGAAGCUAUUAUUAGCUAUUAUGUCUUUUAAAAUGUUGAUAGUAUAGUCACGUUCUUUGUGCUGAUUCUGACAUGUACAUCCAAAACACUGCAAGAUGCAAGGGGGGAAAAAACUGUUACAUAUUUCUUAAAAGUGAGACCUGAGGCUUCAGUGCAUCCAGCUGGUUUCUUCUGAUUUUUUUUGUCUUCAAUAAAUCUUCUAAUAAAAGAUAACACCUUUUUAUGGGACAAGUAA